GGAGGACAAUUUAGAGAGAGCGAGAGGGAAAUUAAGAGAGGAGAGAGAAAGAGACAGGAAGAUCUUUACCAAAAAGAAAGAGAGAGGAGGAUGGGGUGGAAGAAGAGCUACCUUGAUCUGACAUUGGUGCCCCUGAGCCUCCUCUUCCCCAUCCUAUACCAUAUUUGGUUAUGGCGAAGGAUUAGGUCGCAGCCACAGCAGACCUUCAUUGGGAUCAAUUCGGCCGCCCGGCGACUCUGGGUCUUUGCCAUGAUGAAGGACAACGAUAAGAAAAAUGUGCUGGCAGUGCAGACCAUUCGUAACGCAAUAAUGGGUUCCACCUUGAUGGCCACCACCUCCAUCCUCCUCUGCUCCGGCCUCGCGGCCAUGAUCAGCAGCUCAUACAGCGUCAAGCAGCCCCUAACCAACUCGGUCUACGGCGCGCAUGGGGAGCUCGUGGUGGCUUUGAAGUACGUCACGCUUCUCGUGAUCUACCUCUUUUCCUUCCUCUGCUACUCUCUCUGCAUCAGGUUCAUAAGCCAAGUGAACUUUCUCAUCAACGUCCCUCAAGGGGAUGCCAAUUCCCUCGUGACGCCGGACUACAUUUCUAAUCUCUUGGAGAGGGCUUUUUCCCUCAACAUAGUGGGCAACAGACUCUUUUAUGCAGGUCUUCCCGUUAUCUUGUGGAUAUUUGGACCAGUUUUGGUGAUUCUAUGCUCCGUCUCCAUGGUUCCAAUACUAUACAACAUGGACAUUGCCGAGGGGAAAGGGAAGGCUGGUAUCAGGAAAGAAGAUAAGAUGGAUGGAAAGAUUUCUGCGGCGGUGUAGGAGACUGGUAAAGGCGGCUAAUGGAGGACAGAGUUACUGUCCGUGUUUUUGUAGUCAUCCUUCUUAAUUUGUUUUCGUUAGGGUUGGUGAGGUAGAGGGGUUCCGAAGACGUUCUUACCUAAAAAAAUUCAAUAAACAUAGGCCUAGUGAUGCACACGGCUAAUCUCGUGGGACAGCAGUGAAAGGGUGUUAAUCCGUUUAUCAAAAAUUGUUCUAGCUUUUUAAGUCCAUUCUCCAGCUCGUAGAAUGAGGGGUUGUUUAAAAGUCUUAAAAUGUGUAAAAUUCUUUGAUUUUUCAUUUUAAUGUUAACAGGAAAUUGAUUUUUUUUUUCC